AUGACGCCCAAAAAGCAAAAAGCGUCUAAACAAACAAAGUUGAAAAUUUUAUACCGUCGGCGGACCAACAUUUUUGGUUCUGCAAAAUUAAUAAAAACUUUUGACGACGAAUUCGAUCCCACUAAACUUGCCAAAGUUGUCAUUCGCAUUCAACGUCUUGAUGCUCUAUGGCGAGAAUUUGAGGAGACUCAAGAUGAAAUUGAGGUUCUUGAGGAUAAUGAAGAAGAUUUCGCUGAAGAGAGGCAAGACUUUCAAGCCAUCUAUUAUGAACUUAAAGCGUCAUUGCAAAGUAAAAUCCCUGUACAAACCGUACCACCCGUACCACCCCCCGCUCCGGCACAACCACUCUCGUCCGUUGUUCCCAUCUCGCCGAGCGUUCGUCUGCCGGAAAUAAAAUUGAAGGAGUUUUCUGGGAAUCUCGAUGAUUGGGUUUCUUUCCGCGAUCUAUACAUCUCGCUUAUUCACUCGAGUGUGCAACUUACGGCAGUGCAGAAAAUGCAUUACUUGCGAGCAGCGCUUUCUGGCGAAGCGGCUCGUGUUAUUUCCUCGCUCGAGAUUUCCGCCAACAAUUACCUUGUUGCAUGGAAUUUGUUGAAGGAACGUUUUGAAAACACCACCCUGCUGGUGAAACGGCAUGUUUCUGCCCUACUUAAAAUUCCUUCACUGAAAAAAGAGUCUGCACAGGGACUUGCAGAUCUCGCCGACGAAUUCGAUCGUCAUGUACAGCUGUUGAAUAAACUCGAAGAUUCUGAAAACCACUGGAACGCCUUUCUAGUAGAGCGAUUGAGUCAAUGUCUUGAUAGCGUUACACUCCGUGAGUGGGAGACACAUGUUUCCGCAGGCGAUAAAUACCCGAAUUACCGAGAAUUACUCGAGUUUAUCCACAGAAGAUCGCGAAUCGUACAAACUUUAAAGCUCUCCCAAUCGGCAAACACCCAGUUCGAGGUCAAGCAUCCCAAACCCCGAUCAGUUGUUGCCCAUGUCGCUUCCGACAACGUUACCCAGUGCGUCAACUGUAAGCACGCUCACUUCCUGUUCCAGUGUGACCAGUUUCGUUCACUCUCUCCACAACAACGGUCGAAGUCGUGA